UCAACUGAAUCCAUAUGAAGUGAGGUUGUCUGAAAAUUUGGUAUUCAGAACUUGUUAGAAUUUUCUUUCGUUUGUCUUGAUAAUCUGCUGUUUUUGUUGACAUGUCAACACCUCUUGAAAAACCACAGAUUAUCGCUCAUAUCCAGAGAAGUUUGAACUACACCGUUUUUGACAGCAAAUGGAUUCCUUGCAGUGCAAAGUUUGUUUGUCUGGGCAACUUUGCAAGAGGAACUGGUGUUAUGCAGAUAUAUGAAGUCCAGCAUGGAGAUGUUCAGCUCGUGAAAGAGAUAGAGAAACCCAAGCCAAUAAAAUGUGGAACAUUUGGAGCUACAUCUCUGCAACAGAGGCAUUUGGCGACAGGUGACUUUGAUGGCAACCUUCAUGUGUGGAAUCUAGAAACACCAGAGGUUCCAGUAUACUCAGUGAAAGCCCACAAGGAAAUAGUAAAUAGCAUCGAUGGAGUUGGAGGGUUAGGCAUUGGAGAUGGUGCUCCAGAAAUCGUCACUGGAAGUCGAGAUGGUACAGUUAAAGUGUGGGACCCAAGGCAAAAAGACAUGCCUGUGGCCAACAUGGAGCCAGUUGAAGGGGAAACAAAGAGAGACUGCUGGACCGUUGCCUUUGGACAUGCCUUCAAUGACCAGGACCGUUGUGUAUGUGCUGGUUAUGACAAUGGUGAUAUCAAACUGUUUGACCUUCGAAAUAUGUCUCUGCGGUGGGAGAAAAAUCUUAAAAAUGGCGUGUGCAGUGUUGAAUUUGACAGAAAAGAUAUCAAUAUGAACAAACUGGUAGCAACAUCUUUAGAAGGCAAGUUCCAUGUGUUUGAUAUGAGGACUCAGCACCCAACCAAAGGCUUUGCAUCUGUUUCUGAAAAGGCCCAUAAAUCUACCAUAUGGCAAGUGAGGCAUUUGCCUCAGAACCGAGACAUCUUCAUGACAGCAGGUGGAGCAGGCAGCCUACACUUAUGGAAAUAUGAGUAUCCAGCCAAAAGGAGUGAAACAGAUGGAGAUGGCGUGAGCAGAGGUGUGGCUGGGACCAUAAACCUCCUGCAGAACGUCACCCUGUCCACACAACCCAUUGCCAGCCUCGACUGGAGUCCAGAUAAACAGGGCCUGUGUGUUUGUUCUUCCUUCGAUCAGUGUGUGCGAGUCCUCAUUGUCACCAAGCUGAACAGAGUCUGAAUAUGUGAUCUCUUACUCCUAGUUAUUUACCCCUUUGUAAUCAAAUGUGAAUGUUUAAGUGCAAACAUACUUGAGUACUUGUUUAAAGCAAUAUUGUGUUGAGCCUGCUUUCUGUUUUCUUUUAACUGGUGUUUGGAAUAUAUGGAACCAUUUUGGAAAUCUGGUAAAUCCAUUUUCUUCCCAAACACAAAAUCUAACAUAUACAGCUACAUACAAUAUAUAGACAGCUCUAGCCCAGAAAAAUAUAAUUAAAAUGUUAGAAGAAAGCUUGAGACCCUCAUAUCCAGCACUUAAAUUAAAAAAAAACUCUUGAAGAUCCUUGUCAUCCACUGAUUUGUCAUGAAUUCCUGUAUAAACAGUCUUUAGCAGGCUGGUCAGAAACUUCCCAUUCAAUAUGUCAAUGUACUUUUCAAGGCCACCUUUUCAAAAGACAAAAUAUGCUAUUAUAAAUCCAAUCAUACAUUUAUCACUGAUAUUACAUAAGUGUCACAAAUAUGGUCAUACAAUGUAUUAUUUGUUAAUCAGUUUUAUAAUACUGGUCUUUGUGAAACAUACCACAUAAAGCUCCAACAUUCAGGCAAGAUUUUUCAGAAGUCAAAAAUCUUUGUGAACAUCCUAACCAGUUUCAGAAUUCCCCUCUCAGUCAGGCAUCUAGGGACAUUUUCUUGAAUCAUUGUUCACAUGAUCCAAAUAACAAACAACUUUGAUCAAACUAAUGACCAUUUUUACCAUGACACACUGAGGAUUCAUUAAUGCUUUAAAAUAUUGGAAGGCAUAUUGCAAUUUUGAAACGCAUCAUGAGAUGCGGCAAGUAAACCUUUGAAGACUAAUUAUCAAGAUGAUCAUAAUAUGAAAUGCAUCCUUUCUGCCUUUUGGAGUUUAUAUUUUUCUGUUAUAAAUAAAUGCAAACAAUUCCAGGAACUUA